GGUGAUGGACAGAAUUUGGUUACAGAAGAUGUGACCGUCGUAGAGGGGGAAGUUGCCACCAUCAGCUGCAAAGUCAGAAACAGUGAUGACUCCGUGAUUCAGCUCUUGAAUCCCAAUAGACAGACGAUUUAUUUCAGAGACUUCAGACCUUUGAAGGACAGCAGGUUUCAGUUAGUGAAUUUCUCUAGCAGUGAGCUCAGAGUGUCACUGACGAAUGUCUCCAUUUCGGAUGAAGGAAGAUACUUCUGCCAACUCUACACGGACCCCCCACAGGAAUACUUUAUGACGAUUACAGUGCUUGUCCCACCACGUAACUUGAGGAUCGAAGCCCAGAAGGAGACCACAGUGGAAGGAGAAGAAAUUGAGCUGAAUUGCACAUCGUUGGCCAGCAGACCACCCACAGUGAUCAGAUGGUUUAAAGGCAACAAGGAGCUAUUUGGUAAAACAGAAGAGGAGCAGUGGUCAGACAUGUUUACAGUGACCAGUCGCCUUUCAUUGAAGGUCAAGCGAGAGGAUGAUGGGGUUGCUGUUGUCUGUCAGGUAGACCAUCCUGCCGUCAAAGACUUGCAGACCAAGUACUACCUAGAUGUAAUGUAUAAGCCUGAAGUGCAAGUCCUGCAGAAUUCCCCUGCUCAGCCUCUAACGAGAGAAGGAGACCUCCUCGACCUUCUGUGCCAAGUGAAGGGCAAACCAGAGCCUACAGAUGUGUCAUGGUUAAGAGUAGACGACGAGAUGCCUCAACACGUUAUAGUGUCAGGUUCAAACCUCCACAUUAACAGCCUAAACAAAAGCGAUAACGGCACGUACCGCUGCAAGGCUUCCAAUGAAGUGGGGAUGUCCUUUUCCGAUUACACACUUUAUGUAUACGAUCCCCCCACAACUCUCCCUCCACCCACAACAACCACAACCACUACCAUCCCUGCCACCACCACAGACACAACGGCGACGACAGAACCGGCAGUUCACGGCUUUACUCAGUUGCCAAAUUCCGCCGAAGAGCUGGACUAUGGGGAUCUCUCAGAUUCUCGAGCAGGUGAGGAAAGUGCCAUCACCGCUGUGGACCAUGCCGUGAUCGGUGGAGUCGUGGCCGUGGUGGUCUUUGCGAUGCUCUGUCUCCUUAUCAUUCUGGGACGAUACUUCGCAAGACACAAAGGUACAUACUUCACUCACGAAGCCAAAGGAGCUGACGAUGCGGCCGACGCAGACACAGCUAUAAUCAAUGCAGAGGGAGGACAGAACAACUCUGAAGAGAAGAAAGAGUACUUCAUCUAGAUCCGUCUUGAUUUCCAUGAGGUGUCCAACUGCGGACAGUUACUGGCCCUGUGUAGAAGAUACAGACUGUGAUGUUGGAAGUUGCUACCAGCUUAUGGUUUUGGGUUUUUUUUUAAAACUUUGUCUCUUUUCUGUCUUUUUCUUCCUUUUCCCUUCCAGUGCUGUUUAUUUUUAUUUUUAUUUUAUUUUUUAUUGAAUGGUUGGCAAAGUGUGUGGGGAGCGUCGAGGAUUCCCCGUGUAAUAGAGUUCUUUGUAAAGUACAUUCUGCUGUUUGGCACCUCAGUUCCUUUGGGUUUUUAAUUCUCGGGCCGAGUCCAACUUGGAUUUAGUUUAGUUCCAUCAUUUGCAGAAAAUUCUGUGCCUUGUUUUAUUUCUUGUUUCGUUGGGAGGGGAGGGGUGGAGAGCAGAUGGUUUCAUAUUCUUUUUUUCUUCCUAGCUUCUCUUGGAAUUGCCUGCUGGGAUCCCUUGAAAGUAGACUUGGUUUCUUUCUUUUCUUUUAAGUGUUUUACCUUCAUUUUUUUAAAAAAAGAAACUCCUGGGUUGUUUUUGGUUGUUGUUGUUGUUGUUUGAAACUGUGUCAUCAAAGGAGAACCGGCACACCUUAGAUUCCAUCGUUUGAAAUUCAGUGUAUUCAUCAUCCACCCUACUCCCUUGUCAUGAGAGCUUGGAAGAACACACUUUUUAGGAGAAUGGUUUGCAGCUGCCCAGGUUUCCAGCGCAGCGAAGACUAGCCAAAAUAGGCUGAAACGUCCGGAAUAUGCUCUGCUUUUCAUUGAGACCCAGAACCAUGCUGAGUUACCUGCAAGCAAAGUGGACCCUGGGAGAGAGUGGAGUCUGUUCUUUAUUCUAGGCCUAUAGACUGACUCCUCUUUGCUGGACAUACCCAUAUUGUCUGUACAGGAACAGGGUAUUGAGUGCAUUUCCCCGGUUCUCGCCCUAAACAGCCAUGACAGAUGAGGGCUGCUCCUUUCGUGCAAGUAGGCAAAUUUGAGUUGUCGCAGAAGGGAAAGCGGGGAGGGAAGAAAUGCGAAGUUCUGCUCUAAUUAUUUUCUGUUGCAAAUGAUCCCAACGCUGGCUCCCAAUUGGCCUCGCAUC